CGUCGGGAGGCGGGCGUGGCGCCACGGGUCGGGCCGGAGCGGGCUGAGAUUGAAUGUAGUCUAAACUGCUUGAUGUCCCUGUAAAUUACUUCUUUUCCACUUGUAAUUCUUCUGAUGGAAGACAAACUGGCCCUCCCUUUCUGCUGUUUGCGCUGAUAUUGAGUAGAGAAGGGGUGAAUGAGUGAAGAUACGUUUGGCAAUGUUCUGGAAGUUGAAGAAGUCAAACUGAAUCAAAUUAAUGACUGGUACAGAGAUCAAGUUUCGAAAAUACCUGGAUGGACAGGAAUGAUCAGCAUUAUGAUUGACGUAAAUGAGUGAAGCAUUCCAAAAAUAAGCCAAAGGGAGAGCCAGCAGAGUGAAGCACGUAGAUAUGUGGAUAUAGAAGAAUAAUAUGAGGUUCAGAUGUGGGAAUUGCCCUGGGUGUGGUUGCUGCUGAUGCUGCCCUGGGAAAAUGCCUUGAUAGGGAAUUAACAGCGUUCAGUGAUGGGCUGUGGGACAAGCAAAGUGCUUCCUGAACCCCCCAAAGAUGUGCACCUAGAUCUGGUUAAAAAAGUAGAACCUUACACAGGCCACAGUGACAUAUACAAACAUUUCAUCAAGGAUGAUUGUGGGGCUGUCAUCAAAGCUGGCUCUCCCUCACCUCCACAUCAUACUAACCCAUAUCCUGGAAACAACCUGCCUACCCACAUGGACCAGCCUGAGCCCCGCAGGAACAAGGUGGCUAAAUACCGUGCUAAAUUUGACCCCAGAGUGACAGCAAAAUAUGACAUUAAAGCCCUGAUUGGAAGAGGAAGUUUUAGCCGUGUUGUGCGGGUGGAACACAAAGCUACCAAGCAGCCCUAUGCGAUCAAGAUGAUAGAAACCAAAUAUCGGGAGGGGAGAGAAGUGUGCGAGUCAGAGCUUAGUGUGCUGCGACGGGUCCGGCAUACCAAUAUCAUCCAGUUGAUUGAGGUGUUUGAGACCCAGGAUCGUGUAUACAUGGUGAUGGAAUUGGCUACUGGAGGGGAACUAUUUGAUCGAAUUAUUGCUAAAGGCUCUUUCACUGAGAGAGAUGCAACACGUGUGCUGCAGAUGGUAUUGGAUGGUGUCAAAUACUUACAUACACUGGGUAUAACGCACCGGGACUUAAAACCAGAGAAUCUGCUGUAUUACCAUCCCGGAACAGAUUCAAAAAUCAUGAUUACAGACUUUGGACUGGCAAGUGCUCGGAAAAAGGGAGACGACUGCCUGAUGAAAACCACUUGUGGGACCCCGGAGUAUAUAGCUCCUGAGAUCCUGGUCAGGAAGCCCUACACUAAUUCUGUGGACAUGUGGGCUCUGGGUGUGAUCUCAUACAUCCUCCUCAGUGGCACUAUGCCCUUUGAAGAUGACAACCGCACCCGUUUAUAUCGGCAAAUCCUGAAAGGAAAAUACAGUUAUUCAGGGGAGCCCUGGCCCAGUGUGUCCAACUUGGCCAAGGAUUUCAUCGAUCGUCUACUCACGGUGGACCCCAGUGACAGGAUGACAGCCCUUCAAGCCCUGAAGCAUCCAUGGGUGGUUAGCAUGGCAGCCUCUUCCUCCAUGAAGAACCUACAUCGUUCCAUCUCUCAAAACCUUCUCAAGAGGGCAUCUUCCCGCUGCCAGAGCACCAAGUCUGCACAGUCCACCCGCUCCAGCCGCUCCACCAAAUCCAAUAAGUCACGACGGGUGCGGGAACGGGAGCUGCGAGAGCUCAACCUGCGCUACCAACAGCAAUACACUGGCUGAGCAUUGCAUGGGAACCUGCCAGAAGUCUUUAGAAAUGCCUUUCAUGUGAUGUAGGUGUGCAAUGCCUUGCCACACACAUGCUCAGUGAAGAACAUCCAGGUUCCUCCCUCCCUUCCUUCAGAUGUCCUUCCUGUGACCAUGAGGUGUGGAGGAAAAGGAACCUUGAGGUGGCCAUUGCACCCUGUGAGCACUCUUGAGUGAACUGAGCCACAGGGUCUCAGUGCAGUAAAUGGAGUAGCAAAAUCCUUUGCUGAGUCCUAGCGGGCUCAGAGCAAAGUUCAGAGCAUUAAGCAAUAAGCAAAUUAAGGAGCCACACAAGGAGAAGAUCUCCCUCCAUAGCCCAGGAGCUUGAUUGUUCAUAGUUAUUUAUUAAUUCUAGAGUGUUAAAUUUCUCUCACUACCAUAUUAAAAACAAAAUCACUUCAUGUCUAUAUGUAUGUAAAUGCACGCACAUGUGUGCACAUAUGCACGUGUAGGCGUGUAUAUGUAUUUAAAGAUCAUAUAUAUAUAUAUAUAUAUAUAAAUAUAUAUAUAUAUAUAAAUUUUGAGCUAGUUUAGUCAGACAUUCAGAUGCCUUUGCAGUGAAGUUGAUGUGAGUCACAUACAGUUAGAACUAGGAUAGCUCUGACUAACCAGCACACUACCCACCAGCUUCUCAUCCUAAUACAGUGCCAAGGAGAUGCCAGACAGCAGUUUUUCAUGACAGCUGUGGAGCUGAGAGGUUUCCCCCAAGAGCUGCCAUUGGCCUGAUGAUGUCAAAGGUUUACUCAAGUUGUGUGAGAGUUGCUGUGCAAAUUGGCAAACAGACUGAAGUGUUGUCAGCUUGGAGCUCUUGUCUAAAUCCUUUUAUCCUGACUAGGUGCUCCUAAUGGAGGGGUAGGAAGAGGAUAGGUAUCCUGCUUGAGCUUCAUGGUGCACCAAAAAGCAAUUUUCUAGAGGUUCCUUGCUGUCCUCCUUGAAUUGUCCUACAGCAGUUGUACAUUAGGGGAAAGGAUGCUUGUGAGUUGUUAGAGAGUAGUUGGUAAGGAGUGAUAUGUAGGAAAGGCAGAAUGGAGAGUUCUGCACUGCUAGGGCAGUUAUUUUGCCCAUCUUUUGAGACGUGAACACAAGAGCAAAUGCAAGUACUCAGUUGUACUGGUGGAGGCUUUUUUCCUGUGUGUAGCAGGAUCAGUUGCUACUGCGCGGAGUUCGUUCUUCUUAUGACUUAGCCCUUUCAGUGCUGCAACCUGUUAUGCAUCUUGCAUCCUUCAAACUGGUAUUUCUGACUGUGUUGCUUCAGCACAACAAAACUUUAGUUGUUCCAGGUAUUGCUCCCUGGCCCCAGAAUUUACAGCAGGGCUCCCCUGGUCUGCACACCCCUUCUGCCCCAGUAUAACCGUUCCUGCUCUAGGAAAGUGAAAUGGUGUUGGGCAGCCAUUGGAAUGGCCACAAAUCCCUCUGCAGGAUCAGAGUGGGGCCUGGAGUGUCGAUGGCAAUAAUACUCAGGAGACAUGGCACAAAAACCUUUUUCAACUGUUAGAUCUGGCUUAAAUCCAACAUGAAAAAUCUACUUUUCAGGCUACUUUGUGCUAGCAAUGGGAGGGCCUCUUGUGAAGGGCCUCUCAGGGAAGAUGGGUGCUUGUAGAACUGAGCUUUGCACAGAUCCUUUGAGUUGUUGUCUCUUAGUAGUCAGUGCAGCAGAGCAAUGCUGUUGGCAUGUUCAAUCUCAGGGAAGAAGUGGCCUCUUGAAAUGGCAAAACCAAGGUUGGAAGUGAAGGUAAAUGCUGGAUUUUAAAGAUUUCCUUAUGAAGCCAUACAUUUUGCUUCAUACUGUGCACUUAGGAAGUGCUUUCUCAGCUCUGGGCUGGAGAAGUAGUCUCUGCACACACUUGGGGCCCUUAAGAGGCUGACAAGCAUGGCCUUUCUGUACUAGGACUGAUGUCUGUGCUGCUGUGUUUCAGUGUCAACAAGGUUGGAAGUGGUCUGUUUUAUUUCCAGAGAGCACUAACUCCUCUGUCCAUGGCCCUCUUGCUCACCAAACAGGAAAGCAUCACAGCUUCAAAUGGAGAAGACUUAAGUUUUCUGUGAGGAAAUCUGAGGAUACAUUUUCCACCCCAGAGCUAUAACUGGGCUAAGAUGGGUCAUAAGAUGAGCCGUAAGAUGGGCCAUAACUACAGUGAGCACAGCUGGGUGUUCCCAAGCUUGCUGUGGCGAAUAUGACUGAUGAAACCUGAGGACAGCACUCUUCCUCACCCAUGUGUAGCAAGAGAGAAUUCUAAACCCUUUGUGUGGUUAUACCUAUGAUUUUGGAAACUCUGGAUUCUUUGCAGGCUACCUUUUUGCUGAGUGGCCAUCCUCCCUUGUCACAUACAGCCUUCUCUUUCUUCAGUCGGUGUUAACUGAUAUCACAGAGUUACCAGAACCUCCUUUUUUCUUUUUUUUUUCCAGCUCUAUGGACUACAAGAAAAAAAAAUCUUUGGUUUCUUUUACCCUUUCAUCAAGUUUUCCCUGUUUCAUUACAAUGUAUUAGAACUACAAACUAGACAUGUUUUCUGGCAAAACAGACAACUCACCACAGUUUUCUUCAUAAACAAUUCAAUGCCCCUCAUUUUGCUGCUAAAAGCUCUUCAAAGCAGCAACCACUUCAAGAUAGAUAUUAACUGGAAACUGAUUCUUACUUUAUACAUUAAGAGAUGGCAGGAUGCUCUCUCAGAAGGCUUCUGUUUUCAAGCCACUACUUAAAAUAGCUUUCUGAAAGUUUGGAGCAUCACACAUAACCACUUUGAUCCAUGUUGUCUAGCUAAGUUUUUCAUGGGCCUCCCCAGAUUAUGUAGCGUGUUUCUCCUUAAAAUAGGUAUUUUACCUAGGCAAGUAAGUCACACUGAUGAACUGAGCCAAGAUCGCUAGAAUCUGAGAACUAGAAUCUGUUAAACACUAGACCUUUUGCAUGCACAUAUUUUGUACAGGCCUGUACCCACAAUGUUCCUUCACGCUCUCCUCUGUAAGGGAUAAAUGAAGGUGAAGAGAAGAUUGGAUUGUUGAGUUCUGACAUGACCAAGCUUGUUUCUCUGCCUUCAAAAAACAGAACAAGGAUCUUUUCAUCUAUGACGAUUUUUUGCUUUAUUGCUUUUGAGCAAUUAGAUUUGCACCAGGAAAAGUUGUAAAUGAUGUUGUUCAUUGUAGGUUUGGAGUGGAACACAUUUUUGGAAACAAGAUGUUUUGGACACAAGAUGUAUGAUGUUGCAUAUCACUAACAUAUCACUAACAUUCAUAUCACUAACAUAUUACUAACAGUAACUGUUAGUGAUAUGAAUGUUAGUGAUAUGCAGUGAUACUCUGUGACCAGGAGGUCAGUUGACAGAAGAUAGGAUCCUUCAGAUAUGUGAGCAGUAUGGGAUGGCUGCAAGUUGCAUGGAGAUGUUUCUGCUCCUCAGGCAUCACACUGGUUAGGAAACUGCACCAAGGAGGACCAAGUCAGUCCCAUGUGGGGCUUCGGCUUUUCUAGAAAAAGAAUUUCAAUUCUCUUUAUAGAUACAAUGUUUUCUCUUAUAUAGAAAAAUCAAUGUAUACAUGGGGAUAAUCUUUAUGUGCUUUCCUUUCAUCAUUUAAUUUUAAUGGUCUUGGGUUCAGUCCCCUCCCUUUUUUUUUUUAAUUCAGUGUUUGCAAGACCUCUUUUACCCAGACAGUAAUGUGCAUAAGCAGAGAGACUAGUAGAGCUCUGAUCAAGUAUGUUUUGGGGACCCUGGUGACCUUUGUGUUUUCACUUUGCCUGGAAAACUGUGAUGGUCCAAAUGUUGCAGUGCAAGGUCCAAGUUAAGAACAAUUCCUAGGGUGCUUUUAUCUUUGGAUCUGUUAAGGAGGGAAAACCAGUGUGCUGCAAUUUUGAGCACUGAUUCAAGUGCCUUCAGUCUGCCCUCUAAGAAGCUCUUCACUGUGAAUUGUAGUGAACCUCUGUCUUUGUAUAAAUUCCACAGGUGCAUCUCAACUCUCAGUUUUUCUUGAGUCUCAGGAGUUUAUGCCUUGUUUGGGGAUUUCACAAGUUUAAAUAUCUCUGAAAUGUUUCCUGCUCUUAAGUUUAAUUUUUAAAUCUGCUUCUUCGAGCUCUUAAUGGUACUUCUGAGUUUGGCUCAUGGUGUUUUUGGAAGACUUCCUCUAGUGCUGAAUUAUCCAGAAGAAUGUGGGUAACAAAAUGUGCAUAUUCGAGGCAAUAGCUGAGUUUCGAUCUUCUGUGUUAGCAAGGGCACAAAUCUCAGUAAAUGCAUGCUUUUGUUUUCCAUAAUUUUGUUAAUGCAAUGAAAAUGAAGCUGGAAUGACACCUAGUGGCAAAUUGCAGCAUAUCCUCAUCCACAUGUAUCUGCCUCCCAGUUAUAUUCCCACUGCUUUGGGGUUAGAUGGUCUUAUAAAGAGGAAUCAAGGUUUGGUAUGCUGAAUAAUAGGCCUGGGCAUUACCACACCAGCAGUCCUAGACAUUCAGCAACCUUCGCAGUGACAUGUAGAUGAUAAUGUCUUACUAAUGAUCUGUCACAUGGCACUGAUUUCUCCUAUACUGAUCAUUAAUCCUGAAGAACAGACUUUACUGCACAAAGGUGUGAGCACAUGUUCACGUGCACCCACUAGAAGGGGACUCAAUACUGGGGAAAUGACACUUACAGUAAGCCUGUUAGUACCUGGAGGAAACGUUCACAACCAUCCUGCCAUGGGGGCACAUCUCAGGGGACCCUAGGAGAAAGCAAAGACUAAAGAUGCUGAGGCUAGAAGCACAAGGUUUUGGACUUUCUCCCAUCAUGAGACACGAUGGAGCUGCUCAGGGUGUUGCUUUCCAGCAUAUUCUGCUUCAGGGAAAAGCAGUUUUAAGGUGUAAAGGGAAAUAUGUAUAUUUGUGUUUUGGAACUUAGCGGUACUGUGUAAAACAAUCUCUCAUCUUGACCUGGGAGUUUACCGGCUCUCUUGGGGAAGAGAAUUACAGCUUCAAAGACUGUUGCCUAUUAAUUCCUUGAUAUUUUGGAGAGUUACCGGGAAUGAAUGUAAAAAGGUCUUCCAGCAAUAACAUUAGGUGAUCUUCAGACUGUUAAGCUUUGCAUUCAGAUUUUUGAACAUAUAUUUUUCUACAUGUUUUGCUUAAACAGCAAUCACUUGUAUAUGUUUGAUUUACUUCUCACCCUUCUCAGGCUUCUAAAAACUAAAAUGUCAGCCCAGUAGCAGAAGAAAAGUGCAUUCCUUCAAUUUAGAAUAAGCCUGUGCUAUUUAACACUGAGAUUGUGAUAGCAUCCAGCUAUCUGUUCUGCCAGUUCCUGGACUUGGUUGUGCUUGGAAACCUAGAAACAUGCAUGAAGGACAGUUUUAUCGCCUUGUGAUACAUGUAAGCCCAGACAAAAAGAGUUCUGACCUCCUGGCUUAUUUAGUGAUACAGAAACCAACUGCAGUGUAGUGCCAGCAUUAGAUACUUGUUUUGGAAAUGUUAAACUCAGGCUAUUAACUUUUUUGGAAUUUGGAUAAUUUCUUCCUUUAGUUCAGGUAUUUUCUGCUCUAGUAAUUUACAUUCCUUUGCAUAAUCUGUUCCAUUUUUUGAUCCUGCUUUCUGCCAGAGCCAUAGUGUUUGGUUGAAAGACCAAUAUAGUCAACUUUCUAGAGUAUGACUUGUGGAUAACUCAGCUACUGGGACAGCAAUCCUGGAAUUGGUUCUGCAGGAGCCAUGCUCAGUCCUGGAGCAACGUAACAGCAUUUGUGUUGUGCAUUGCAGGUGGAAGAAUGCUCCCUUUGAGGAGCCUGCAGUGCAUCAGCCUUCACCUUUCUCUACAACCUCUCCAUUAUAUAUAUUCUUACUUUCAUUCUGUGGGCAUGCAUUUAUCUCAUUUGGGAUUGCUGAAUUGCUUCCAUUGUUCUUCUGCUCAUCCCCCACUGGGGCAACUGAAGUUGGCUGUAUGAAUGUUGGUGCUUCCCUGGUGACCCAUCAGUUCUGGUGGAAAUAAUCUGAGACUGUAGAUGGGGAUGAACUAAGCAAGGUUUUGUGCUGUUCAUCUCGCUCUGAUAACUUGGUUGGAACCUAAGUGAGCUGCCCAGUGUAGGACCAUCCCUGUAGGAAUCCCAAAAUGAAUCAGGACUGAGUGGGUUUGAUAGAGAGGAUGGCCCAGCCACUGCCUGCCAGUCUCCAAGCACAACUGCUACCAUUUAAAUUUGCAGCAUUACUGAGUGUCAGAAGAUGGAGUAGAGAGCAGGGUGAGAGAGCGGGCAGGCCACUUGUUUCUAUUUUAUGUUGGUGUGGUAACUGCACUAUUUUACAGCGGAUACCAAGGUGAUAUUCUUAGGGUGUCCUGUUCCCGCAGCAAGUAUGUUUUUGGAGCUUGUCUGUGCUGUCUGUCUGGGGUACCUGGGUUAUCUGUAUGUGCUGUCAUCACUAACACUUGUAGAGUGACAGGCUUGGGAGGAGUGGUCAGCAGUAAUGUUGUGUACUGCUAGUGCAGAUUGCACUGUAAUGGAGGCAUGAGAGUCUCUGAUCACUGUUCAGACUACAUCUCGUUAUGGUCUUCCUCCCUAUCAGCACAUUUCUGGUUAGGAAGGAUGUAGCUUGCAUGUCAGAAUAUCAUCUGUCUUUCCUUCUAUGCAGUUCAGCCAGCCUUACUUAUAUUGGUGGUGUGCAUUACCUCUAUAAAGAGAUGAUCCUGUACAGUGUAUAACACUAACAGGCCUCUUACUAGACUGCAUGGGGCCACAUUCCUGUUUUAGGUGAUCAUACUACGGAUUCUGAGGGCUUGGGGGAGCUGGUUUUUGUUUGGUUGGCUUUUUGGGUUUUUUUUUACAGUAAAUUAAAAUCUCUUCUUUUGACUUUAAUAUUUUAAAUGCUGAAAAGAAAAACUAAAAUUGGCUUUUGGGAUCAGACCCUCUGGAGGAGUCACAAAGUAUUAUCUGCUCUUAGUGUAUUCCAGGUGGGCCCUUAGAUGUAUGGUGAGGAUGGUCAUGUCCCAGUCUCCCAUGAUCUCACACAGUCUGUGAGUCCAACUCAAGAUUCAUCAUGGAAAAUGUGCCUGUACCACUCAGAGCUGGAUGCCCAGCCCUGAGUGGUGUGCACCACUCUUCAGAGGGUUCUGGUGCUUUUUCUGACCAAUGAGUCUCCUCUUUCAGCCUGGAUUAAGAAUACAGCUUUUGGGUGCUGCGGAGGCAUGUUCCUAUAUGUGAGAUAGGCAUUACUGAGCAGCAAAUUUGCCAAAAAAUGUGAAACAGCAGGGAUGUGCUGUGGUAAUGGCAUCAUGGAGCUUGGUACCCUCUGCCCAUAAAUGUCUCUUUUGUGGAGAAGGCAUGGGAGGCAACGGGCUACUGUCGGCCCAGUUAUGCUUUUUAUUCAUCUGCUUGUCUCCUGCUCUCCUCCUCCACACAGUAAUAGUGUAGAUCCCUUGUGUGUUAUGGAGAAGCUUCUUGCUGCUGUUGCGAAUGUAUUGCACUGUGUUUGUAGAAUGUGGAGCAGAUCUUGGUCCAAACUAGGUGUGUGUGAGAAACAAGCAUGGAUCACAAGCACGCACAGAUGCUGUAGGUUUUACUGUUGCCUUUCACUACAGAAAGACGCUUUCCAGGAAGCUCUCAAGACUGAAGGUCUUCCGGUGCUUGCUGUUAUUUUUGGUUGCCAGAUUUCCUGUGCUGGGUUGGAGCUACUUGGAAGUAAUUCUGUCAUGUCCUGUUCAUCAUCUAACAGGGGCUAUUUGUCUUGAGAAAUAUCCAAUUUUGUGACUUGCUUUUGACUCCUGCUUUUACACUAAGGACUGUCUUGCAGAAUGAGGUCUGAACCAUUGUAAUUAGUCUGUAACAUUAUGAUUAGAGUGUACAGAAUUAUUUAUUUUGUGUACUCAAUCUGUUAAACAUGUAAAUGUAUUCUGUGUAUCCAAUAGCUCUUUUGUCAUUACUUCUGACUGGUGGAGCACAGUGUGACAGCUGAAGGGUGCUUCUUUCCAGAAUGUGAAUGACUACUAAACGUAUUGAAAGCCAAGAGCUUCUCAUUCCUCUUGGACCUGAGCAAGAAAUACCAAAAUGCCUGAAAAGA